UUCAGUCAUGGCGUUUCUCAGUGAAGUUCCGCUCCAGAAAGAACGGUUCUCACUGCUGCUUCUGGAGCCUGGAGAAAUCUACUUUGAAGAUUUCAGCGUUUUCUUUUAUCCAUCGGUAGAAUCAGAUGAAGAGGCCAUUAGAAGAAAAGUGCGAGGGAGGUUAAAGAUCUGUUCGAAAUGCAUCGUCUUUGAUCCUCAAGAAAUCUCACAUCCAGUUGUAAAGUUUCCAUUGAGGGAAUGUAUCCUGAUAGAGAAGUGGACUGGUCCGCUUUUGUCAAGGCUUGGCGGCAGACGAGACAUGAUUGCCAUUCAAAGUAAACAGACGAUAGAAAUGAAGGCAAAUAACAUCAUUGGAUCCUAUGAGUUCAAAAAGAAAACCGAAACUCACAGGUUCUCAUUGAACUACAUCACCCCUGAUGACGUACUCCAAAUCAUGUGUCAGCUGCAGAGAGCGACAACCCUACCCCUGGCAGAUGAGGCAUCAAUGAUUGCGGCUAUUGUGUACUCCAGCUACAACCGAAUCAAGUUUAACACCAGUUGGCUAGAGACACUGUACGAGCAGAUCAUCAUGGAGACGGUGGGAGAUCACAUCAAGCCGCUAGUGGUCAACCCCGGUCGCAUCAUGCUGACCUCGUCAAGGCUGUACUUUCAGCCAUUCAAUAAUGUAGAACCAGUACCUGUAAUUAAGAUCAAGUUGUCUGAUAUUAAGAGGCUCAUCAAGAGACGGUUCCUACUCAGGGAAGUGGGCCUUGAAAUAUUUUGUUCGGAGUCUUCGUUCAAGUCGGACAUGUUCUUGGUACUUUCCAAACCAGAAGACAGGAACAAACUUUAUAAUAACAUACUAGACCAAGAAGGUGUUUGUUUGAAGGAGUCGGGUCAGGAGAAUAUGACGCUACUUUGGCAGAAUGGAGUCAUCUCAAAUUUUGAUUAUUUGCUGUACCUUAACAGCCAGGCUGACCGGAGCUUCAAUGACCUGACCCAGUACCCCGUCUUCCCGUGGGUCAUCGCUGACUAUACCAGCGAGACGUUGGACCUGACUAAUCCCAAGACAUUCCGAGAUCUGACCAAACCAGUAGGGGCUCUAAGCCCUAAUAGAUUACAGAGAUUUCAGGAACGGUUAAAAGACAUGCCUGAGCCAAAAUUCCUGUAUGGUUCCCAUUACUCUACUCCUGGGUACGUGUUGUUUUAUCUGCUGAGAGUGGCGCCUGACUAUGCCCUUUGUCUUCAGAGUGGGAAGUUUGACCAACCAGACAGACUCUUUAAAAGUAUUGCAGAAACCUGGAACAAUGUAUUACACCUCCAGUCUGACGUCAAGGAGCUCAUUCCAGAGUUCUAUCAGCCAGAAAUGGCCGACUUCCUCAUCAACCGCACAGGGCUGAAUUUAGGCAUCCAGCAAGAUGGGUCAAAGGUCAACAGAGUAGAGCUCCCACCAUGGGCAGAAGAUGAGGUUGAUUUUUGUCGGAAGUGUCGGGAAGCAUUGGAGUGCGAUUACGUCUCACAGAAUCUCCACCAUUGGAUUGAUCUGAUCUUUGGUUACAAGCAACGAGGACAAGAGGCUGAGAAAGCGGAUAAUGUGUUUUAUUAUCUGACAUACGAGGGCGCUGUUGACCUUGAUAGUAUUAAGGAUCUCAACGAGAGGGCGUCGGUCAAGGUACAGAUCAUGGAAUUCGGACAGACGCCAAAGCAACUCCUUACAAAGCCACACCCAAGCAGAUUUGCCUCUGCCUUGCCAGUAGCGAGACAUUCCAAUAACAGUAGUCCAGUUCCGGUAUUGUCAGCUCAUGAUGAUGUCAAUGGUUCAGGAUGCAGUGAUAGUCCGAGUCCAGACAGUGACGCUCAACUGACAGACGACAACACACUGCAACCUGAAGAAGUCACAGCUAGUGCCAUACUGAAGAAAGCGUCCCAGCCAGCAUUCCAAUGGGACCACAUGGAUAAGCUGCAGCAAAGCUUCCAGCACAGACUGCAUAAAGACACUGUUAAGGCUGUCCAAGUUUCCAACGAUGGAAAACUGGUCUUUUCUGUAUCCCAGGAUACCAAUCUGAAGUUGUACUCAACUGAAGAGCAGCAGCAGAGACGUAGCAUCAGUAUUUCCUCCAUGCCUCUCUCGUCACUCUGUGCAAUGCCGGAUGGCAAGACGGUCCUUGUAGGAUCCUGGGACAACUCACUAUAUCUUUACUCCAUCGAGUACGGACGCAUCGUGGAUAAACUCAUGGCCCACGACGACGCCGUGUCGGCGUUGUGCUUACAGGACGGAGUGUUAGUAACUGCGUCCUGGGACUCCACGGUCAAGGUGUGGACAGUGGAGGAUCUGUGCAAGGAAGGCAACGGAGUGGUCAGAUUGAACAAUGCACAGAUGACCGCUGAGCUGGAUCAUGAAACGGGGGUGAGUUGCUUGGAUGUGAGUAGCGAUAACUCACUGGUGCUAUCAGGGACUCGCGACGGUACGGUGUACGUCUGGGAGCUUGCCACUCAGUCGAUACUCAGAUACAGUAUGAGCCAUACGGGGAUGGUACAUGAUGUCAAAUUCAGUCCAGAUGGCCAAAAGGUCUUAUCAGUUGGAGAGGAUCACUAUAUGAGAGUUGUAGACGUCGGAACAGGGACCGAAGUAUUUGCCAAAGACACCGAUCAGGAAGAAAUCAGAUGUGUGUGUUGGAGAGAGAACACUGUGUUAGCUGGAAGCUCCUCAGGAAAUCUGCUUGUAUGGGACAUGGUCAAAGCACAGUUAACUGCAAGCAUACCUGGCCAUGAAGGUGCUGUCAGCUGUGUGCAGUCAACCAGUGAUGGACACACCAUAGUGACGGGAGGAGCUGAUAAAAAGGUCAUAGUAUGGAAGGUCAGGUGACCCUAAUCUGAUGGGGUCAGAGGUCAAUAAGAGCAGCUGGUUGUUAAGGACCCUCUGGAAGUGAUGCAAUAAAUUUAUAUGUAACCCGUCACAUAAUUAUAAAGAUUAUUUGUUAAGAGUUUUCAGAAAUGUUAAUUAAAUGGCUGUUGUACUUGUAUAUCAUACUUUUUUCAAUCUAUCAAACCAUUUGGUAAAUAUAAUUCUACAAAUUAAGUGGGGAUACCCCCCCCCCUUCCACACAGCAUCAUCACUUUUUUAAAGGCUUUUCUAAUUGAUACCAAGCAAUGGAUAAGGUAAUACCAUACUUGUGUUAUAUACCCAUUGAGUUUUGAAUUUAUUUGAAGUUGGUAGUUCAGACGCAAGCCAGCAGCCGAUUUAUGGAAAAGCUAGGAUUAAUCCUAUCUCGAGUUAGGACGAGUAAUUUCGGUCUAACUUUGGAUGGGAUCAAUGCGUCCUAACGUCUAUGGAAGCGGAACUUAACACGUCCUAGGUCCUUGGAUAAAUCCUAAGUUAGGAAGAGUUUGGUGAAAUCUACGGCAGGCCUACUACCUUCUGCAGCCAACCAGCAGUAACACACCCAAGGGAGUGUGGAUUUAUUUCCAGGAUACUGUGGCUGUGCCGAGAUGUAGAACAAAGAGUUACUCCAGUAGCUUUUUUCCUCGUACUGCAUCUCUUUUG